UUUUUGGUCAUGCGGUAUGCUACUUGUCAAUCAGUGCGUUACCAUGGCAACCUGAGAGCAUGCCACCCCAGCAGCGACGGUCGGAGAGCUCUGGUGGACACCUGCAAGCGCGCGAUGGAGAGGCGCGCGCGUUUGCAUGCGCCAAUGUCUCGCUUCUAAUAAGGAAUAAAGAAUUCUCCCCGAGUCCUGAACAGGAGGGAGUUUGUCAACAGAUGCCACAGUUGAGUAAUGGUUUGACACAUCUAGAUUAUCUGUGGAAAAAAAACUGAAGAGCGUAGAUGAUUAUAAAUCCACCAUGUCAGUCAAAGGGGCAGCAAUUGGACACAGUGAAGAGAGAGCAGGACUGAGGGGAAGGCUGUCGGGUCCUGAACAGGGCAAAUCGAUCUGGUCCUGGAGACCCAAAAGUUUGAGGAAGAGCAACUGGACGAAAGACAAGUCAACGUUUAGUUGUCAAGAAACAAAUUCUUCUGAAGAGAACCUUCAGAAGGCUCUGGGUAGUGAGGAUGAGGCUGCUCUUCAGAGCCCUGUGACAGCUACUUUGUCAUCCUCCACAGGACAAACUCAUUUAGAUGCUGAUGAUUUAGACCAAAAGUACAAACGACAGGGACUCAAAGGCUGGAGAUAUUGUUUCCCUCGGUCUGUCGUGUGCUGUCGUAGUAAGACGUCAGAUGACAAGAGGGACCAUGACAAAGAUGGAAGUAAUGAUUUCACGUUCUUUAACAAGCUGACCAGAGACUCUGUUGAUUUAACUGUCCAGCCGAAUGUGAUAAACUGUAUUUUAACCAGAGAGGAACUAGAGAGGGUUCCUGCUGUGGUAAGGAGAGAAAAAUACAAAGUCAGAACAAGACAAAUCUUCAAAAGAUUCAGUCGUGAAUCUCCUGGAGAUGAUUCUAAAGCCACCCCGUUGGGACCGGACACUUCUCGGCAAGAUCCUUGUGUUAGUAUCUCUCUCGGGGAAAAGACCGGACCUUUCUGGAGGCGCAGGGCCAAGAAGCCCUCUCCUUUCUUCCAGGAGCGUAUCGAAGAAAACAGGGAAUACAUACAAGAGGAGACGAUCGUCCUAGCUAACAGACACGCUGACGAUGCAGCUGGGGGCGACAGCUCCAGUCCUCCUCAGAGGGGAGAGAGAGGCGCCCGCCGGCAUUACCCCGAGACACUGACGGUGAGCGUGAAUGUGAGUGCUGCGACGUCCGAGGUCAAGGAGGUCAAAGGCACAGUAGAGACGGACACGGAUGCCUCAGAAACACAGCUAGAGGAAGAUAUAAAGGAACCUGAAGACUGUGGAGAAGAACGUCUGAUGGAGGCUGGGGAGACGCUGGUGACACGUUAUCCACCUGAGACCUACAGUGGCUCUGAGACGACAGGGGACUGUGGAUCACCUGAGGGGAGUGUGAAUGUGGAGAUGCACCCAGGACUCGCUGAUGGAUACGUUACCUCAGCCGCUGAUGCAGUUGGCCUUACGGCGACAGGAAAAGAGAUCCAACUGUUUCCUGACUCGAAUGAACAUCUAGAUAACUUUAUGUGUAGGAGUUUAGACACACCAAGCAGAGAUCUGAUACAGAGGGAUAUUAGCCAGGGUUUGGAUUGUGACAAGUCUCAUCCUGACAAUGAACAGUUAUUCCCUUGUGAACUGAGCAGCUCAUUAAAGACUGUUUCUGGCACAUGCCAUUAUUGUGUCCUCCUUGCUGACGAUCAUACAGAUCUGUAUCAUUGUGAUCGACAGCCAACUGAGAUAGUCCUGCAAGAGACUGCUUGUUUGGUGGUUCAGUUUGUGAUGAAUGCUGCUGUAGAUCAGUUCAAAAAAGAGCUGUUGGAAUCUGAUGUUACCCAGCUGUCUCUUAAUCAGCUUCAGAACAACUCGCGAGACACAUUCUAACAUGAACUACAA